GAAGAAGAAGAAGAAUAUCAUGUGGUUGCAUGUGCAUGAACAUGCCCAAAGCUAUAAGCAUAACCCCUUUCUGACACGUGGCACUAUCUCAUUCACUCACCCCAUUCUCUUGGAGGGCCUCCUUCCAUGAAAUUGUACGUUUUGUGGUCCCUACACAUACCCUUUUGCUUUUUUCGUUUAAUUAACUAAUCUCUUAUUGUGUUAUCCUUUUACAAGUUUUAAUUAUAACAUCUAUAUAUAGAGAGCUAGCUCUCCAAGCAGGGCCAUUAUCCUUCCCAUUUUUAUUCUUGUAUAUACAUAGAAAAAGCUCUCUAUACAAGCUCAUUCAUACAUAUAUAUUUGCAUUGACAAAGUAUUAAUUAAAACAUCUUUAUAAUAUGGGAGUUACUGAUCAAUGCGCUGUCGUUCGAGGAAGUCAUCAUGAUGAUGAAGUGGCACAAAACAAGACGGUGGUUGAAGGGGUGUUGAUGAAACGACAUGUCGUUUCCCGGAGAACAAGUACUAGAAGUGGAGUACAUAAUAAUAAGAGGAUCUUGAUGAAGAAGAGAAAAGGGUCAUCAUCAUCAUCAUCAUCAUCAAGAACAACAACAACAGAAGGAAGUGGUGGAAUCGUGAGAAAGGUCAAAACCCUAAAGAGGCUUGUUCCUAAUGGGAGGGAAUCAGAAGGGUUGGAUGGGCUUUUCAGAGAAACCGCUGACUAUAUUUUGAGUCUCCAAUUGAGAGUUAGAGUUAUGCAGAUUAUGGUUGAUGUGUUAUCAUCAGAACCACCACCAGCUGCUACUUCUUCUUCUUCUGAUGAUGAUUAUGAUCGUGAUGAAGAGUGACUUGCUGUAUAGUUCUAUAUACAUAUAUAUAUAUAUAUGUUGCUAUAUAUAUAUAUAUAUCCAUUUUCUCUCUGUAAAGCUGAUCUUGCAUAUUAUUAUUAUUUCUUUUAAUUAUAUAUUAAAUAUUUUGAUUUUAAUUAUAUGGCGGUUUGGGAAAUUAUUAUAUAUAUAGAUCGAUCGUGAUUGAUUAUAAUGGUAGUCAUAUAUGUAGUAAUAGGUUUGUGGAAUUAUUAAUAUCAUGAUGUAUUUCUGAAUGAGUUCACACCUUGAUUAUUUUUUUAUUGAAUUUGUAGUUAUAAAAUUAUUGACGAUUUCAAUGAGUGA